CUGUGGGCGGCGCUCGGCGGCGGCCGGCUCGGCGGGCCGCGGGCUACAAUGUAGCGAGCGGAGGAAGCGGCGCGUCCGGGCCAGCCGAGGGCAGCCGGGCCGGGCCGGGCCCCUCCCCAUGGGCAUGCAGCAGGUUGGACUGCUAUGGAAUAUGACAAGAAGUUGGCCCGUUUCCGGCAGGGCCACCUCAACCCAUUCAACAAGACCCCGCUGCAGAAUCGGCAGGACCAGAAGACAGGAGCCGGAGAGGACUUUCCACAGAAAGACCUGAAUCUGGCAUUGUCCCCAGAAGAGCCCGUGUUCCACUGCUCAGAACGUGCCAUGGACUUGGGCCUGGCGGAGGAUCACUUCUCGCGCCCGGUGGGUCUGUUCCUGGCCUCGGAUGUGGAUCAGCUGCGGCAGGCAAUCGAGGAGUGGAAGCAGCGGAUCCUGGAGCUCCCGGACAACUCUGAGAAGCAGAAGGACGCCGUGGUGAGGCUCAUCCAUCUGCGGCUCCGGCUCCAGGAGCUGAAGGACCCCAGCGAGGAAGAGCCCAACAUCAGGGUGCUUCUGGAGCAUCGCUUUCACAAGGAGAAGAGCAAGGGCGUGAAGCAGACGUGUGACAAGUGCAGCACCAUCAUCUGGGGUCUCCUCCAGACCUGGUACACCUGCACAGGCUGCUCCUAUCGCUGCCACAGCAAGUGCCUGAACCUCAUCUCCAAGCCAUGUGUGCGCUCCAAGGUCAGCCACCAGGCCGCGUACGAGCUAAGCAUUUGCCCAGAGACGGGGCUGGACAGCCAGGACUAUCGCUGUGCCGAGUGCCGGGCGCCCAUCUCUCUCCGUGGAAUCCCAGGUGAGGCUCGGCAGUGUGACUAUACAGGCCUCUAUUACUGCAGCAGCUGCCACUGGAACGACCAAGCCGUCAUCCCUGCCAGGGUUAUCCACAACUGGGACUUUGAGCCCCGUAGGGUUUCUCGGUGUAGCAUGCGCUACCUGGUGCUAAUGGUGUCCCGGCCAGUCCUCAAAUUGCGGGAGAUCAACCCUCUUCUCUUCAGUUACGUUGAGGAGCUGGUAGAGAUCCGGAAGCUGCGCCAGGACAUCCUGCUCAUGAAGCCGUACUUCAUCACUUGCAAGGAGGCAAUGGAGACCCGGCUGCUGCUCCAGCUGCAGGACCGGCAGCACUUUGUGGAAAACGAUGAGAUGUACUCCCUGCAAGACCUGAUCGAUGUCAAUGCCGGGCGCCUCAGCUGCUCCCUGACGGAGAUCCACACGCUCUUUGCCAAGCACAUCAAACUGGACUGUGAGCGGUGCCAAGCAAAGGGCUUUGUGUGCGAGCUCUGCAAAGAGGGGGACGUGCUUUUCCCCUUCGACAGCCACACCUCAAUGUGCACGGACUGUUCGGCCGUCUUCCACAGGGACUGCUUUUAUGACAACUCCACAACAUGCCCCAAGUGCGCUCGACUCAAUCUACGGAAACAGUCGUUGCUCAGGGAGUGCAGCGUGGAGCUCCAAGCGUAGGUGUGACUUCUCUUAAGUAGAGGUGUACAGCGGCAAAGACAUGGAGUUCCCAGCACGCCUGUGACUUACUUGCCCUUCCUGGAAGGCAAGCAGCUCAGACUGGUGAUGAAAGGAGUCUGCCAGAGGAGGGCGAGAUGGUAAUGCCAUGCCCCAGCUAGAGAAGGAUGCUGCCGACCAAACUCUGGACAGAUGUUGAGAUUCUUCUUGUGUUCCCGACUCCGAGACUCUCCCCAAAGGAGCUCUUAGUCCUGGCUGCAACUGGCAGAUGUGGAGAAAGGGCUGCCAGAUGAUUUUAUGGAGAAAGGGUGGCCCUGUGCCCAGUGAUUGGCUAAUAACACCACAGCUUGGCUGUCAUAGAGCCCGGCUGCUGUGGCUUGCUUCCAAACCUUAGUAGUUCGGCAGAGACGGCAGUUGCAGCUGGGCUGGCUGUAGACGUGGCUUGCGUUUGGGAAGUCAUUCCUGUGACUGGGAAGUGUCUGCCCUGGAGAUGGAGAGAGAGACUUGGUUUUCCUUUCCCACCCCCAUAGCCCAGGAUGAUGGCAAUUGCCAGGGCUGGACGGAUCAUAGAGUAGCCUCUGCCAGCCAUGAAAAGAGACUACCAGACUCUUUAUACCACAGUAAUUUAUCACAAGCACUAAAAUCACUUUAAAUAAACUAAGUAUAAAUAUUGC